AUUUCAAGAAUUCUUUAAAAAUUACAAAAUCUGAGAAUUAAAUAAUUAAAACGAUUUUAAGUAACAUUUCCACAAGUGUUGCGCAUUAAUAAACUCUAUUGCUAAAGGAACCUGCUCAUAUUAAGUCAAGACAUCAUGUAUUUCAAGCACAUUUCAACGAGAUUUUUCCAUAUUUCACGAGUUCUUUUAGCCGAUAAAAAUUCAUUGGCAGCGUUAAGGAAGAAAACUGGAUAUACGUUUGCUAAUUGCAAGAAGGCACUAGAAAUGCAUGAGAAUGAUUUGACAAAGGCAGAAAAUUGGCUAAAUGAACAGGCAGAAUCAAUGGGAUGGUCAAAAGUAACAAAGCUUGAAGGAAGAACUACACAACAAGGACUAGUUGGAGUGUUGAUUGAGAAGAAUAUUGGAGCUUUAGUUGAAAUAAAUUGCGAAACAGAUUUUGUAGCUAGAAAUGAAAACUUCAGAGAAUUUGUAGAGAAGGCAUCAAAGGCUUGCAUUGAUUAUGUUAAGGAUGUUAGCGGAAAUGACGUUACUAAAAUUGCAAUUGAGAGCGAUGCAUUAAAGAAUCUGAAAUUGAAUGAUGGGAAGAACUUGGGUGAUCAUUUGGCACUGCUAAUUGGAAAAAUUGGUGAAAAUACAGUCUUAAAACGAGCCAUUUGCUAUAAGACAGCAGAUUCAAUCAAGCUAUUUGGUUUCACUCAUCCAGCACCAGAAAAACUAGAAGACGGAAAAGUACUAUUUGGAAAAUAUGGAACAAUUGCAGCAUUUAACAGUAAUACAGAGAAUACUGAAGCUGUACGUGAUGUCUAUAGGAAAAUCUGUCAGCAUAUUGUUGGCAUGAAUCCUACGCAUAUUGGAAAUGCUGAAACAGAUAAGCCAAAUGAAGUCAAAGACGAAGAGAAAUGUCUAAUAUUCCAAGAAUUCAUCCUUGAUCCAGACGUAACAAUUAGCGAUAUUCUACAGGAAAAUGACAUUAAGAUCAUCGACUUUCAGCGUUUUGAGUGUGGCGAGUCAGCAUCAAUUGUUAGCAAUUAAUUAGUAGCAAAAUAAAUUUGAAGAACUUUUAGAGAUGUGAAGAACUUGAACUUUAGAUUGCAUCGUUGUCCACAGAAUUUAAAAGGCAUAAAUCAGGUCGUUAAAAGUAAGGUAAAGUACAAAUUUUUUUAUUUGAUCACUAAUAUGAUCAUUAAUUGCUCGUAUAAAGGAACAGAUAUGAUGACUUUCUUGGAAAUUGUUGAGAAUGUGUAAACUUGCUAGUCCCCUUCAUACAAAUAUUUAGUCUGUUUCUGAUCACUGAAGAAUAAACAUCGUUGUUAUUGAAUU